AUGUCCUCCGACGAAAAGGCCUCUAAGAGGUCUGAGAGCCCCAUUGGCAGCAAUGAGGCUGACAACGCCGAUGGUCUUCAUCGCCGUCUCAACAACCGUCAAGUUCAGCUUCUUGCUAUGGGAGGUACCGUUGGUACUGGUCUCUUCAUCGGUAUCGGCGCCGGUCUCGCCAAGGGUGGCCCCGGUAGUCUUCUCGUCUGCACUGCUCUCUACGCCAUGGUCCUCGGUCUCACCAACAACUCUAUCGCUGAGAUGAACACUUAUAUGCCUGUCUCUGGUGGUUUCAUCCGUCUCGCUGGCCACUGGGUCGACGAUGCUUUGGGAUUCAUGGUCGGAUGGAACUUCUUCUUCUACGAGGCUCUCCUGAUCCCCUUCGAAAUCGUUGCUCUAAAUCUGGUUGUUUCAUUCUGGUCCCCCGAGGUUACAGACGCUGGCCCAACUGCCGGCUUCAUUAUCGCUGUCAUCCUUGCAUAUGGCGUGCUGAACCUUCUUGCUGUUGGUGUCUUUGGUGAAGCUGAAUUCUGGCUGGCCCUUGGCAAAGUCCUCCUAAUCCUCAUCCUCUUCCUCUAUACCUUCGUGACUAUGGUUGGGGGUAACCCAAAGGGUGACGCUUAUGGCUUCCGCUACUGGUCCAAUGUGCAUGAUGCAUUUGCUACCUACCGAACCGAUGGUGACCUUGGACGCCUCGAAGGCUUUAUGGGCGCUCUGGCCGCCGCUGCCUUUUACGUUGUCGGCCCUGACUAUAUCUCUAUGGUCGCCGCCGAGUCUAAGCACCCUAGCAUAUAUGUCAAGACUGCAUUCAAGACGGUCUACGCCCGAUUUGGUGUUUUCUUUAUUGGUGCUGCCUUGACUUGCGGUAUUGUUCUUGACCACAAGGACCCUACUCUCGUCAGCGUUCACCUCGGCACUGGAGAGGGUGGUGGUACUGCUGCUGCCUCUCCUUGGGUUAUUGCUAUGUCCAACCUCGGUAUUGAUGUUCUGCCUCACAUCGUGAACGCCUUGCUCUUCACGACCAUCUUUUCUGCCGGCAACACCUACACAUACUGCGCUACCCGUUCCCUGUACAGUCUCGCGCUCGAAGGUCGUGCGCCUGCCUUCCUUCGAAAGACCACCAAGAACGGUGUCCCUAUCUGGUGUUUUGCCGUUACCAUGAUCUUCCCUCUGCUCGCAUUCCUUCAGCUCGACAGCAGCUCUUCCGAAGCUCUGAGCAUCCUCCUUGCUCUUAUCACCGGUGGAGGUAUUGUGGACUACAUCACCAUGAACAUCACCUUCCUCUUCUACUACCGCGCUUGCAAGGUGCAAGGAAUUGACCGCACGAAGAUGCCUUACUUUGGCUACUUCCAGCCCUACUGUGCCUGGAUCGCCCUUAUCCUUCACACCGUCGUCGUGUACACCUACGGAUACACAUCCCUCACUGCCCCCUUUAGUGCGAAGGAUUUCUUCUCCAACUACACCAUGCAGCUCAUCGCUCCUUUCAUGUACCUUGCCUGGAAGCUCAUCAAGCGCACCAAGAUCGUCAGUGCUGAAGAGUGUGAUAUCGUUUGGGAGAGGCCUAUCAUUGACGCUUAUGAGGCGCGUGCCAUGAUCAUCGACCCUCCUACUAGUUUCUGGGAGGAAAUCGUCGGCAUGGUGGGCAUUAAGCUGAACAAGAAGAAGCAGGAGGCCACUGAGGUGUAA